CUUGAUAUUUCCAAUUGAAUAUAAUUAUAGAUAUUGCCUGUAUAAAGUAUAGCUAUAAUAAAUCUACUGAUGAGUAUUGAAUCCAUCCAUGUAUCCUAAUGAUUAAAAAGCGGAAGUAUGAUGGAAAACAAUCCUUUGAAUCUAAAAAAUAUUAUUGAAAUCAAAGAGGAGAAAACAGAUACUGUUACCGAAGAUGGCAAAAUAUCUGAAACGGAUGAAGUGUCUAUUCUCGCUUUAAGCUAUGGUGAAGUGUUUAUUGUUGAAAAUAAUCAAGGAGGUUCUCUAAUGUGGUGGAUCAGUUGCAAUGUUUGCCAAGUCAGGUUUAAUAGCUGUGAAAAUUUUUUAGAACAUGCUAUUAAUAUGCAUUUGAACAAAAAAACAAAGGAAUAUUUAAAAACUGAAAAUGAAAAUGUAUGUGAUGAAGAUCCGCAAAAUAUUUGUGUUGAAAGCAAAAAUAUCAUAGAGACAAUAAUAGAUAACGAAAAAAGUUACAAAGUGGAAGUAUUAGAUGGUGAAAACAGUAAUAAUGAACAAACAGACUCAGAAGCAAAAAAAAAAAUCGGCAUAGAAAUUGAAUUGGAAAAUAUUCCAACACAAUCAAUCAAUAGGCUAAAAACAAACGUAAAAGUUUCACAUCAAAGCAGUAAAAAAAAUGAUGACGAAAAAGUUGAAAAGCAUAUUUGUCCACAUUGUGAUAAAAGUUAUUCAACAAAAAGUAGACUGAAAGAUCACAUAGCUUCUCAUUUAGGAUUAAAUCCGUGUUUUAAGUGUGAACAGUGUGGUGCUUGUUUGAAAAGUAAAUCAACAUUAAAAUCUCAUAUGAGAAUUCACACUGGAGAAAGACCUUUCAAGUGUAAUUUGUGCUCAAAAACUUUUCGAGCUAGGCCAGGUCUAAUAAAUCAUAUGAUCGUACAUACAGGAAAGAAAAAUUUUCCUUGUUCAUUUUGUGGGAAGCUUUUCCAAACACGAGAUCAUAAAGAGAGGCAUGAGAUAAUACACACUGGUGAAAGGCCUUUCCAGUGUGAAGAGUGUGGCGAUCGAUUUCAAACUUCUUCUUCUUUAACAGAGCAUAACAAAAGACACAGAAAUUUUAGGCCGUUUGUCUGCGAAAUAUGUGAAAAAUCAUUCUUUAAUAAUCAACAGCUGAUGCUUCAUAAAGUUGUUCACUCAAACGAAAAAAAUUUUGUAUGCAAAAUUUGUGGAACUAGUUUCGGUAGAAAAAAGAAUUUAAGAACACAUGAACGAAUUCACUCUGAAUCAAAAGACUAUAAAUGCAAAAUUUGUGAUGAAAGUUUUCAAACGUAUGCUGCCAUUAAUUACCAUAUUAAAAAAAAACACGAAUUUGCUCCACUUAGUUAUAACUAUACUCCAAUAGGACCCAGAGGACGAACUGUAAGAAUGGAAAACAAUCCUUUGAAUAUCAAAAAUAUUAUUGAAAUCAAAGAGGAGAAAACAGAUAAUGUUACCGAAGAUGGCAAAAUAUCUGAAACGGAUGAAGUGUCUAUUCUUGCUUUAAGUUAUGGUGAAGUGUUUAUUGUUGAAAAUAACCAAGGAGGUUCUUUAAUAUGGUGGAUCAGCUGCAAUGCUUGCCAAGUUAGGUUUAAUAGCUGUGAAAAUUUUUUAGAUCACGCUAUCAAUAUGCAUUUGAACAAAAAAACAAAGGAAUAUUUAAAAACUGAAAAUGAAAAUGUAUGUGAUGAAGAUCCACAAAAUAUUAGUGCUGAAAGCAAAAAUAUCAAUAUCGAAGAGACAAUAAUAGAUAGCGAAAAAAGUUACAAAGUUGAAAUAUUGGAUGAUGAAAACAGUAAUAAUGGACUAACAGACUCAGAAGCAAAAAAUAAGAUAGGCAUGCCAUUACAAAUUGAAGUGGAAAAUAUUCCAACACAAUCAAUCAAUAGGCUAAAAACAAAAGUCAAAGUUUCACAUCAAAAAAGUAAAAGAAAUGAUGACAAAAAGGUUAAAAAGCAUCUCUGUCCACAUUGUAAUAAAAGUUAUUCAACAAAAAGUAUAUUGAAAGAUCAUAUAGCUUCUCAUUUAGGAUUAAAUCCGUCUUUUAAGUGUGAACAGUGUGGUGCUUGUUUAAAAAGUAAAUCAACUUUAAAGUCUCAUAUGAGAAUUCACACUGGAGAAAGACCUUUCAAGUGUAAUUUGUGCUCAAAAACUUUUCGAGCUAGGCCAGGUUUAAUUGGUCAUAUGAUCGUGCAUACAGGAAAAAAAAACUUUCCUUGUUCAUUUUGUGGAAAACUUUUCCAAACUCGAGAUAAUAAAGAUAGGCAUGAGAUAAUACAUACUGGCGAAAGGCCUUUCCAGUGUGAAACCUGUGGUGAUCAAUUUCAAACUUCUUCGACUUUAGCAGAGCAUAACAAACGACAUAGAAAUUUUAGACCAUUUGUCUGUGAAAUAUGUGAAAAAUCGUUCUAUAACAAUCAACAGCUGAUGCUACAUAAAGUUGUUCACUCAAAUGAAAAAAAUUUUGUAUGCAAAAUUUGUGAUGCUAGGUUCGGUAGAAAAAAGAAUUUAAGAACGCAUGAACGAAUUCACUCUGAAUCAAAAGACUACAAUUGCAAAAUUUGUGAUGAAAGUUUUCAAACGUAUGCUGCCAUUAAUUACCAUAUUAAAAAAAAACAUGAAUUUGCUCCACUUAGUUAUAACUAUACUCCAAAAGGUCCCAGAGGACGAAAAUAAAU